CAACAUCUCUCUUUCUCGCUGUAGCAGCCACGUGUCAUAUUCGAUGAGCCACCAUAGCGCUUGUUUCCAGAGCUCUCUGCCACUCUCUAGAACACUCUUGACCCACCCCAGAACACUCUCUUUCCUUCUUCCUCAAUAACUCUUCUCGCUAUAAAACCAACCGUCCAUUCGUUCCCCAUCUCCGAUAACGAAACUAACAAAUCCGCUCUGUUUUCGCACCCAAGUUACUGUAAAUUUCCUGUUAAAACCCAGAAAACCAGAAGCUCUCGCCCCAAUUUUGCAACAACUCUAUAUCGCUGCUCUUCUUGUGCUAUCGUUCUGCAACUAAGCCAUGGCUAAGACAGAAAAGGCCAUUGGCAUCGACCUCGGAACCACCUACAGCUGCGUUGGAGCCUGGGUGCAUGAUCGUGUCGAAAUCAUUCCGAACGAUCAGGGCAACCGAACCACACCUUCCUAUGUCGCUUUCACCGACACCGAGCGGCUGAUCGGUGAUGCCGCCAAGAACCAGGUCGCCUUGAACCCAGAAAACACUGUGUUCGAUGUGAAGCGACUCAUCGGCCGGCGCUUCUCUGAUCCCUCGGUCCAGGCUGACAUGAAACUAUGGCCUUUUAAGGUGGUUCCAGGGCCUGGCGAUAAGCCCAUGAUAGUGGUCAGAUACAAAGGCGAAGUGAAACAAUUUUCUCCUGAGGAGAUCUCUUCGAUGAUCCUAACGAAGAUGAGAGAGAUUGCCGAGGCCUAUCUCGGAAUUCCGAUCAAGAACGCGGUGAUCACUGUGCCUGCAUACUUCAACGACUCGCAGAGGCAGGCCACCAAGGAUGCAGGGGUCAUCGCAGGCUUGAACGUGAUGCGCAUAAUCAACGAGCCGACGGCUGCGGCCAUAGCCUACGGUCUCGACAAGAAGGCGACCAGCAAGGGUGAGAAGAACGUCCUCAUCUUCGAUCUUGGUGGCGGUACCUUUGAUGUCUCGCUCCUCACCAUUGAAGAGGGAAUUUUCGAGGUUAAGGCCACUGCUGGUGAUACCCAUCUUGGAGGUGAGGACUUCGACAACCGCCUGGUUAAUCACUUUGUUCAGGAGUUCAAGCGCAAGUACAAGAAGGACGUUAGCGGUAACGCCCGUGCCCUUCGAAGGCUGAAAACCGCCUGUGAGAGGGCGAAGCGGGCCCUCUCGUCGACGACUCAGACCACGAUCGAGAUCGAUUCCCUCUACGAGGGUAUUGAUUUCUAUGCCACCAUUACUCGAGCUCGGUUUGAGGAGCUGUGCAUGGAUUUGUUCCGCAAGUGCCUGGAGACAGUCGAGAAGUGCCUGCGCGAUGCGAAGAUCGACAAGUCACACGUGGACGACGUGGUCCUGGUCGGUGGUUCCACUCGAAUUCCUAAAAUUCAACAGAUGCUCCAGGACUUCUUCAAUGGCAAAGAGCUCUGCAAAAGCAUAAAUCCUGAUGAGGCGGUGGCCUAUGGAGCAGCAGUUCAAGCUGCUAUCCUUACUGGCGAGGGCAGCGAGAAGGUGCAGGACCUUCUGUUGCUCGAUGUCACGCCUCUGAGUCUCGGCCUCGAAACAGCCGGUGGAGUCAUGACGACGUUGAUCCCUCGAAACACCACUAUCCCGACCAAGAAAGAGCAGAUCUUCUCCACCUACUCAGAUAACCAGCCCGGUGUUCUGAUCCAGGUCUACGAAGGAGAGAGGGCGAGAACGAAGGAUAACAACUUGUUGGGUAAGUUUGAGCUCACUGGUAUUCCUCCUGCUCCUCGUGGUGUUCCUCAGAUCAAUGUCACCUUCGACAUCGAUGCCAAUGGCAUUCUGAACGUAUCGGCCGAGGACAAGACUGCCGGCGUCAAGAACAGGAUCACGAUCACGAACGAGAAGGGCCGAUUGAGUAAAGAGGAGAUCGAGAAGAUGGUUAAAGCUGCAGAGCAGUACAAGGCCGAGGACGAGGAGGUGAAGAGGAAGGUCGACGCCAAGAACGCAUUGGAGAAUUAUGCUUACAAUAUGAGGAACACAAUUAGGGAUGAGAAAUUUUCCGGGAAGUUGGACCCCGCCGAUAAGCAGAAGAUCGAGAAGGCGAUCGACGAAACGAUUGAAUGGCUUGAUGGAAAUCAGUUGGCCGAAGUGGAUGAGUUUGAGCAUAAAUUGAAGGAAUUGGAGGCGAUCUGCAACCCCAUUAUCUCGAAAAUGUAUCAGGGUGGAGACGCGGGUGGCAUGCCUGGUGCAGGGGGGAUGCCAUCGGAUUAUGGCCGUGGGUCUUCUGAUUCAGGCACUGGAGCUGGCCCCAAGAUUGAAGAGGUGGACUGAGGAAGAGAGUCCAGUCGGAGGGUUUUGUCUUUCAAGUUGAUGGAUGGCGUGGGGGUUUAUGCCUUUGCACUUUGCUUCUCUGUUUUUAUUUUGUUUUUUGUUUUCUUUUUCUUUUUUCUUUUUUUCUGUUUUAGGUUAAUGUAAUGCAAUGGGAUGGGAUGGGAUGGGAUGGGGAGUGAGUUGCUUCUUUUUGGUUUAGUUAGUUAAUGUGAAUAAGAGAAUGUAGUGAAGAUUUUCAGGAUAAAAAUAAUUAGUGCUCACGUUUUGUCUA